AUGUGGGACAGAGAAAUGCAUCCAUGGAACAGAGUGGAGAGUUCACAAACAGACCUACACAAAGAGGCACAACUGAUUUUUGACAAAGCCUAUACAGUUCAGACACCAGAGAGUGUGCCUCCCACUGUGGCUACAGAAUCUUCUAUGAAAACUUUGGCUGUUUGCAAUGGACCUCUGGACUGCUAUGACUUUCUGAUCAAAGCUCAUAAGUUAAAGGAUGAUGAACAUCAAAGACGAGUCAUGCAGUGUUUACAGAAAUUACAUGAGGACCUUAAGGGAUAUAGUAUAGAGGCAGAAGGCCUUUUUCAAAGGUUUUCAAAACUGCUGAGAAGCAGUUUACUUUUCCAUUGUAGUACCAAAAAUACUGUUUUAAAUGUCUACUGUGGUCCAAAGUAUAAUAAGUACACGGAGAACCUAAUGAAUCGUGGAUCUAAAUGGUCUGGAACCACACCCACAAUCUCUGAGGUAUGCCUGUAUGUAGACAUAUAUGCUGCGUACCAACAUUUCGGUAAAACACCAACCACUUAUAUGAUGUGGUCCCGUAAAGUUGCAAUGGAGCUGAACACCAUCAUUUUUGAGAGAUCAAGACACAGUGUGACUGAAAACCAUAAAGCUGAAGACCAUAAAGCAACAUUUUUUCCAAAGCUGUUAAAGAAGAAAUUAUCUCAGAGGGAAGGACCCGCGGAGGAAGCCGAUCCUCUGCCGGCGCCGGUGGACGGUGUCGCAGGCGGAGGCCACCGUGAGCGGCUCCAGGAUGACUAUGACCCCGACGCAGUUGGAGAGCCCAGCGACCAGGAGCCGGCUUGGAAGUCUGAGGAUGAAGUGUAAGUGCUUUUACAUGGAACUCCUGACCCCAAACGAAAACUCAUCAGACAAUGUCUUACUGGAGAAAGUGAAUCAUCUAGUGAAGAUGAACUUGAAAAAGAAAUGGAAGCUGAAUUAAAUUCCAGCAUAAAAACGAUGGAGGUCAAAUGAUCCUUCCUGGGAACAGGGUCUUCUUCAGGAAAUGGGUACGUUGGGACAGCUUCGACAAAGUACUAUGAUGAUAUAUAUUUUUAUUCUGAUUCUGAGGAUGAAGACAAAACAGCACAGAAGAAGAAGAAGAAGAAGAAGAAGAAGGAGGAGGAGGAGGGGGAGGAGGAGCACUGGAUUCCAACAAAUGAUGAGUUACUACAUGAUCCUGAAAAAGAGAACAGAGAUCAGGCCUGGGCUGAUGCACGGAGAUGGGGCUACCAUGGUUUUGGAAUGCAGAGGCCACGUCAACAACAACAGCCUGUUCCAGAUAGUGAUGCUGUCUUGAAUUGCCCUGCCUGCAUGACCACGCUGUGUCCUGAUUGUCAAAGGCAUGAAUCAUACAAAACUCGGUAUAGAGCAAUGUUUGUGAUGAAUUGUUCUGUCAACAAAGAGGAGGUUCUACAAUACAAAACCCCAGAGAACAGAAAGAAAAAACGAGGCGGUAAGAAGAUGAGGUCUAAUCAUGAAGAUGCUGCAGAACAGGCAGAGACAGACGUGGAAGAAAUCUAUCACCCAGUUAUGUGCCCCGAAUGUUCUACUGAAGUGGCGGUCUAUGACAAGGACGAAGUCUUACACUUUUUCAAUGUUUUAGCAAGCCAUUCCUAA